AUGCGCCCAGCUUUGCUGCGGCUGUUGAAGCGGCCUUCAACUCUCUCGUUGCUCAACGAGCUCAACUCUUCGGCCGCAGGAAUUGAACAGCUCAGCGUCACCGAGCAAUGCACGACUUGCCGACUUCCUUGGAAAAAUGCAACACAAUAUAGGGCCACCAGCUCUGCAACGAAGCACUCUGCCACGCCAGCGAAGCUCCAUUUUCAUGAUAUCAUCCGUCCUGAUCUCGACCAUACAGCCCCACGGCACGCACCUGAAGCGCAGUAUCAAAUAACAACUGAGGAGGAUCGAAAAUUACAAUUGUCCAUAGAUGGAGAAAUGUUAGAAUACGAGUCUGACUUUGGUCAUCAGAACACAAUUGGCAGCCGACUGUUGGACGAUCCAAGAAGAAGCCGAGAUUUCAGAUUAUGGAAGGAGGUUCUUCGCUAUCGGAAGCGGCAUUAUGGAGACCAAGGGGUUAUUGAUAUACACAACGGUCUCGUCUCUAGAAUUAAAAGCGUUCAAUUACCUCAUGAAGGGGAUGAUGCGGAUUUCUUCUGGCAGACUUUUAUCGACGUCGGACUGAGGAACAAGCAGUUCUUGGAUGACUUGACAAGCUAUUCCGAAAAAAUAUUGUCUAUCACAGGAAAACACUGGAAUGCUUUUUAUCCGAGCAUUGUUGGAGGCUUUUUAGCACGGGGAUUUCCUGUCGAGGCCGUAGCUUGGCAUCGCAAACUGCAACCAUUUCACCUAAGCCACGCCAAUGACAUUGUUCUACUUCUGGAUGCCGCCUUAUCGUGUGAGCCUCAACAACCACCCGCCGGGGAUUCAUUUUCUGCAGAAGUCAAGACCUUGGGAUUCCGCCAUGGCUUGAGGGCCUUUGGCGAGAUUUGUCUUGCAACACCGGGCCACAGAAUCUUUGAGCCCCUGAUUAAUACCCUGUUGAGUCGCGGCUACCUCUUGGAUGCCUUAUACAUGAGUGAAUUUCUCAUUAAACAAGGUGAUCUGCCUUCUGAUGCUACGUUAAUUGAACAACUACUGCUUUCUGCCAAUAAUGAGCAAGAUAAUUUCUCCAGAAGAACAAGGGCUAAAAUUCGACAAAUCAGGGCAGAACUUGAGGGUUUACGAGAUAAACUUCCCCCCUCAAGCGACGAUUCGGAAGAAGUUCCUUCUAUUCCUGCUACGGAAGAGCAUAAACAGGCACCAGAACAGCCCAAUGAAACUGCUUGGGUUAAGGAAAAAACUUUCCGAGAUGAAUUCGGAGCGCGUCUUUUUGCGACCAAAGCUCUUUCCGUAGACACUAUUACAAAUGGUCUGCAGAUGUUCGGGGUUACGUCUAUUGGGCCACUAUCUCUCAAGGAAAUGGCGGUCAGAGCAGAAGGGCCAAAAGACAUUUUGGAGAAAAUAAAGACAUUGCGCGGUGCAGGUGUCACCAUACGAGACUGCACAUUUUCGAGGGUUCUCGAGAAACUCGCGGCUGACAAUAAAGAUAUCGUUUUGGAAGACUUUCUUCACAGUGAUCAACACCCUGAUGUACUCGAAGAUGUCACUUUACAGGAGGAGUUUUUGUGCUCCUAUAUGAUCGCCCGGGACUGGCGCCUCUAUAACAUGACCAAGGCGAUUCUUAGCGAUAUAGCCAAGGAUGACUUGGACAACAUACAAUUCCGCGCCCUGAUAGCGGCGGGCCAGUGGUCAAGUGCUGCUACUGUUGUGGAUAAAAUAUUUCUCGAUGGCAACGUGAUUUCGACAUUUAGCAUCAGCUACAUGAUGAAAUGCUUCCUCCUCCCUCGGAUCAAGGGCAAACAUCCGACAUACGCCGUAGAUCGUGACGUGGAUGAGGUGUAUUAUGCGGAGCGGAUUUUGAAAAUAGCCUUCAAAAUGCAAACGAGCUUUAACCCUAAGUACUGGGUCGAACUCCUGAUACGUUUAGGCACUCACAGGCAUGACCAGUGGGAAAGAAUUCGCAACCUGUGUCUCUGGCUUGCAUACCACUAUGGCGCAAAGGACUCGCCAAUCCUCCAAAGCAUUUCCAGGUCCAACGGAGUUGAGGGGGAUGUACUUCUCGCCCAACGCCGAAAAGACUCUCCGCGCAUCUUCAACCCGCGCCUACAGAUGGCUCUAGUCUCAUGGGGUUUCAAGCUGAACCUCUGGGAUCUGAAAGACCAGGACAUGUCUGAUGGUCACAGUGACACUGUUCUCCGCUGGGUUCGGGGACUAAUUCUCUUGCGAGACCUAGACCGCAUGGGCGUUCAAAUGCACAGCAGCUUCAUACGCCAGGCAUGCCGUGAACGCCUGCAGAUUCUCUACGGCCAGGAGCGAUACUCGGACCGGUCGUGGAACCGCACCUUUCGGCAACACAACCCAUUUAAACUAUCUCGGGUUCUGGGCGACAUGCUAAAGAUUUGGCCAACACUCCUUAAAGAAGAGGAAAGAAACGACAUUCACAAGUUCAUUGACCGGCCCCUGACAGCAUUUCAAGCUCGGAAACUCACUAGCAAGCAUGAGUAUGAGUGGUUCGAGCAGUGGCGCAAUAAGUGA